AUGCGCGUCACCAUCGCCCUCUCCGUCUUUGCCAUCGGCGUCGAAUUACCUAAAAAGUACCUUCUACGUCACUGGAGGUCCAUCGCCAUCCUCCUUGGUCCCGUCAUGGCGUGGGGCUGGCUUAUCACCGCCUGCUUCAUCUACGCCCUCGUCCCCGGUCUCGACUUUCUCAACUCGCUCGUCGUCGCUGCCUGUGUCUCGCCUACUGACCCCAUCUUGGCCCAGGCCGUCGUCGGUGGUCCAUGGGCCGAGAAGCACGUUCCUGCCCACGUUCGUCACAUGCUCAUGUGCGAGUCUGGCUGCAACGACGGUGCUGCUUUCCCCUUCCUUUAUUUGGCGCUCUACCUCACCCAGAAUCGCGACAACACCGGCCACGCCGUCGCCCAGUGGUUCUACGAGACCUGGGCCUAUGAAAUCAUCUUGGGCACCAUCCUCGGAGCGCUGAUCGGCUACCUCGCACGCAAGUUCAUGCGCUUCUCCGAGCGGAACAAGCUCAUCGACCGAGAGUCCUUUGUCGCCCAGUACAUUUCGCUUGCCAUCGCCAGUAUGGGCGUCAACGUCUUGCUCGGAUCUGACGACCUUCUCGCCGCUUUCGCCUGCGGUACCGCCUUCGCCUGGGACGGAUGGUUCACAAAGCAAACCGAAGACUCGAACUUUUCCAACAUUGUCGAUCUGCUCUUCAACAUUGCCACUUUCAUCUACAUUGGUGCUCUUAUCCCGUGGCACGACUUUGUCGACGCGGAUCUGGGCCUUUCCAUCUGGAGGCUCAUCGUGCUUACAAUCUGCGUGCUCCUCACCAAGCGCAUCCCUGUCAUCCUGGCCUUAUGGAAGUUCAUUCCAGACAUCAAGACCUUCCGCGAAGCCAUCUUCUGUGGUCACUUUGGCCCCAUGGGUGUCGGUGCCAUCUUCAUCGCCACGCUCGGACGCACUCUCAUGCCCGAAGAGGUGCACCAGCCGCCGCAGACCACCAAUGAUGUGCUUGCCCUCACCAUCCAGCCCAUCGUUUACUUCUUCGUGCUCUGCUCCAUCAUCGUCCACGGCUUCACCAUUCCCUUCUUUGCCUUUGGCAAGAAUGCCCGCCGACGAGCGCACACCUUGACUCGCACCUGGAGUCGCAACCCGUCCAUGCGCGACGACGAACCCAGUUGGAUGAGCCGCGUCCGUCGCGUCAGGACAGGCGAAGACAUUGUCAUCAACACCGACGACAUUAGCGCCGACAAAAUGUCGGCUCAGCAGCUCGCGCUCAUCGGACGCGGCGCCAUUGGUGGCUACCGUGAAGACGAGCUACGUCGCGAGGACAGUAACGACGAGAACUCGGCCACUGCAGCUGCAGAGUCGUCCGCCAGCAGCAAGGAUCAAGAGCCUGCGUUUGUUGGCCUGCUCAACGCUCGAACAGAGCGCGACCUCGAAAAGGCCGAAGGCUUCGAUGGCAGUGAGUGGAACGAGAAGUCAGGCGAGGCUGAUCAGAGUCUUGACAGCAAUGCAGCACGCAGGCGCAAAGAAAUGGACGGCAUUGAGGACUGGGAGGGCAGCGACGAGGACUCGAACCCGGCAGCCGACUACUUGGGAGACAAUUGUGUCGAGAUGCGUCGGUACCGCGAAAGGAUGCAGGCCAAACGCGAGGCGCAACUGGCUCGCGAAAGAAGUAAGAGGCAGUCUGCAGAGGAAGAGCAAAGGAGACGCGCGUCCAAGGAGGAACAGGACCUUGGCGAAGCACCCAUGGACCGCGACAUCAUCCUCGGUCGCGUUCAUCCCGAUGACCAGGACAAGGCUUGUCGCGAAGACCGUGAAGGCCAGGCCCACACGCAUGCAGACAGCAACAACGAAAAGGACGAAAGCAAGUGGCCCACGGUGCGAAGCUGGGUCGAAGGACACAAUCUCGUUCUCGAGUAUCAGAAGAGCUACUCGGACGAUCCCAACGUCGAAGUCAUUCCCUUGACCGACCGCGAACGCGAUGCACUCGAAGAGUCAGACACGCCGGCACAGGAUUGGGUGCGUCAGCAUCAUGACGAGCUCUCUUGCUUCCUCGGCAACGACGAGCAUGCCAAGUGGAAUUCAUCCGAGACCAUCUCGAGGUUGCUCGAAAGCAAAGUUCACAAAUGGUGGCCGAACAAGGACAAGAAGCACCACGUCAAGGCAACCGCGCCUGAGGCAGAGACGGCGCAAGAUCGCCAGGAUCGCGUCAACCUCAUGUAUGGCGCCAUGUCGUGGGCACAAGAUCGUCGAGGUGAUGAGAACGACCGCGAUAUUCCGCUCAGGUCUUCGCGGGCGAGUGCACAAGAGUCGGCGGAGCAUGGUGGCGAGGAGGGCGUGAACAUCGCUACCACACCAGCUGUAGUCCGCGCAAUUGACGACGGUGUCAGCCAAGCUGGUCCUCAGGAUUCGUCGGUACCGCCGGGCAGCACCAGCGCCCAGGACACUGAGCACGACGUGUCGUCCACAGUUAAAGCAAGAGCAGCAGCGGAUGUAGGAUCUUCUUCAUCAAAGCCGGCGAUCUCUAGCCGGCGUGCUGGUGGUGCGGUACCCAGGCGCGGCAACUUGAGGAAAAGGGUGUUGUCCGGACAGAUCGGGUUGUCGGGUCGAAGAAAGUCGACGGCAAGCAAGGAGUCGGAUGUAGAACAGGAAGUGAUGGAGGACGCCAGCGUGGGCGAUGAUGUAGCGUUGACGUCAGAAGGAUCUGCAAAACCACGCGUCAUGAUCUCGGAACCAGCUUCUCCAACCAUGACGCGAGACAAGUCGGCACACAAGCUCAGCCCUUCUUCCAGCUUCCGCACCACAGGUGGACUCAACGAGAAAGGCAAAGCGAAAGAUACGGACAGGCCAAAGUUCUUCCCACGAUCGUCGUCGGCAGGUGCCGGUCUCGCAACGCCCUACCGUUCGUCUUCGGGUGUCAGCAACAGUCCCAUUCUAAAAGCGUCGGCCCCGCCCUCGCGCGUGGGGUCCAGCUCUGGACGCGAUGCAGACUCGUCCAGCCGCCAUGCGUCGUCGGUGCAGUGGCUCGACAUUGCCGGGUCGUCGCAUGGCCAUCAGCCGGCCUCGCGGCGUUCUGGUCCUAUCAAUGAAGCGGGUGCACAGGCGUUUUCGCGGCGCGCACGAACGUACAACGGCGCCUCGUCAGGCAAAGAGAUGAGUCGCGACGCGCGCGUCUAUAGUCUGGACGGCGACGACUCGGACGAUGACGACGCGGCUAGCAGCGACGACGACACGCGUCGACAUGGGGGACUGGGCAUCCGUGACGGCAUGAGUCGCAUCGGUGCGUUCUUCCAGAACUUCACAGCGCCAAAGGGAGAGGGAAUGGGCAAUCCUGGGCCCACUUCGCAUCCGCAUCUGUUCCCCGCGCGGUCGAAGACGGAGGGAGACCAAGCAUCGACCACGGCGGCGACGGCGGCGACCAGGGGUGGUAGCAACAGUGCACGCCAUUCGCCUGUGUCGAGCCGGUCGUUGAGGAGGGAGAUGACGCGGGAUGACGAGUUGGAAGGGUUCGCUCUGCCGCCUGCGGCCGCGGGUGCAGCCGAGGAGGCGACAACACCUUCGCCGGCGGGUACGUUUGCGACGGGGAUGGGGAGGAGGAGCAUGCGUGGUGCGGCGAGUGCGUCCCAGUCGGGGACGUCGACGCCGCGAGUGCUGUUGGACCUGCCCAAUCAGGACGGCCCGCCUGUGUGGCCUGGGCAGCAGCAGCAGUGA